AUGGCUCGCAUCGAGUGCCCCGCUUCCCUCGUCCUCCACACGCCGGCGUGCGACGACAGGACUCCCGCGGACGAUGACGUGCCAGAUGUCUCCACCCUCGACGCCUUCGAGGCGGUCUACAUCCCAUGCGGAGACGGCGCGCGAUACUCGGUGGAGGCUUCCCAGCUCCUGCAUGAAGGCAGCACCCGCGUGUACAGGGGCACGCUGACCGUCGACGGGCGCCGUCCUACCCACUCGGAGGUGGUCUGCAAGCUCGGGCGGCGCCAGGCGCUGCACAGGGAGGCGGACCUGUAUAGAGGCAGGCUGGCGUCCCUGCAGGGGCGCUAUGUGCCGACAUUCGUAGGGCUGUUCGAUGGAGCGGGGGUGGGUGAGGAUGGGAUGAGCUGCUUGGUGCUGACGUACGAGGGCGAGCGCAUGCGGGAGUCGCUGUACACCCGUCGCUCCUUCUUCAGGAAAAAGGUCGUCAGUGCGCUUCUCGCGGUGCACGAGGCCGGCGUGUGCCACGGGGCCUUCAACGAGGCCAGCAUCGUCGUCCGGGACGGCGACAACGCGCCCCUCCUGGUUGGGUUUGGCGGCGCGAGCGACCACGAGUGCCAUCGCGGCACGCCCAUCGAGUUCUACGCGCCCCAGCCGCACAGCGAGGUGGUUGGGUGCGAGGAGGUUUACUGGGCGUGCGUCGUCGCUGCCGUCUGGCUACCCGGUGUGUGA